AUGACAAGACGGCGCGGGACGACGGAUAAGGACUUCGGCGACGAGGAUCGGGAGCGACUGCAAUGCCAGUCGCUGGAGAUGCCUGCCAACGCAGAUGGAUGCAGGUGGUCCAAAAAGGGAAGAGAAAUCGAGGAUGAGCAAUCGGAGAUUGGACCGAGGAGGGUAUUCGGGUACGCAAAGGAUAGGACGGCUGAUACAAGGUACUUGUAG